GAAAACAUUAAUCUCCUCAUAACUCACAACCACACACACCCAUUAUUAUUCAGAUUUUAAAAAUGGUACUUGUUUCCAGCAAUGAUAAUGGAAAUGCAAAGAAAGUUUUGUCCAAAUUAGCCAAAGGAAAUGGGCAUGGUGAAGAUUCCUCUUAUUUUGAUGGGUGGAAAGCUUAUGAUUCUGAUCCUUUUCAUCCUAUUAUCAAUCCUCGUGGUGUUAUUCAAAUGGGUUUAGCUGAAAAUCAGCUUUCUUUUGAAUUUGUGGAGAAAUGGAUGAAAAACAAUCCAAGAGCUUCAAUUUGCAGUGUUGAAGGAAUUGAUGAGUUCAAGGAUAUUGCUAUCUUUCAAGAUUAUCAUGGAUUGCCAGAGUUUAGAAACGCUGUAGCGAACUUCAUGGGAAAAGUGAGAGGGAACCGAGUCAAAUUUGAUCCUGACCGAGUUGUGAUGAGUGGUGGAGCAACUGGAGCUCACGAAACCAUGGCGUUUUGUUUGGCUGAUCCUGGUGAAGCAUUUCUUGUUCCUGUUCCUUAUUAUCCAGGAUUCGACAGAGAUUUAAGGUGGAGGACAGGAGUGGAAAUAGUUCCAGUGAUAUGUGAAAGUUCAAACAAUUUCAAAUUAACAAGAGAAGCCUUAGAGACAGCAUAUGAAGAAGCUCAAAAAUCCAACAUAAAAAUCAAAGGUCUACUCAUAACGAAUCCUUCAAAUCCACUCGGAACGGUUUACGAUAGACAAACACUUGAAACUGCUGUAUCGUUUAUCAACGAAAAGAAUAUCCACUUAGUGUGCGACGAAAUCUACGCUGCCACUGUCUUUGCAGAGCCCGGUUUCAUUAGUAUCUCUGAAGUGAUCGACAACAGUGACAUUGAAUGCGAUAGAAAUCUUGUCCAUGUCGUUUAUAGCCUAUCCAAAGACAUGGGAUUCCCUGGAUUUCGUGUCGGUAUUAUCUACUCUUAUAACGACGCUGUUGUUGCAUGCGCUCGUAAGAUGUCAAGCUUUGGCCUCGUCUCCUCGCAAACUCAAUAUUUGAUUGCAUCGAUGUUGUUGGAUGAUGUGUUUGUCGACAACUUUCUUGCUGGGAGUGCUGAAAAACUCGCUGCGCGUCAUCGAAACUUCACAAAAGGGCUUGCUCAGGUUGGAAUUGGAUAUUUGAAAGGAAGUGGAGGAUUAUUUUUAUGGAUGGAUUUGCGUCAUCUUUUGAAAGAGAAGACAUUGGAAGCAGAAAUGGCAUUAUGGAAAGUGAUUAUCAAUGAAGUUAAACUAAAUGUUUCACCAGGUUCUUCAUUCCAUUGCUCAGAACCAGGAUGGUUUAGGGUUUGUUUUGCAAAUAUGGAUGACAAUACAAUGGACAUUUCCAUCACCAGGAUUAGAAACUUCGUGCUUCAAAACAAGGAGGUAACAACUAAGGUCAAGAAACAAAAAUUCUGCUGGCGUCAAAGCAGCCUCGAACUUCGAUUGUCAUCUCGAAGACUCGAAGACAUCAUGUCACCACACUCACCGUUGCCUCAAUCCCCUAUGCUUCGUGCAACAACUUAAACACAAGACGACCGUCAAUCAGUCAUAUUCUGGCAACCUGAUCAGAUGAAAAUUUCCAUUGUUUGACAAAAGUUUGUUUUAACAAGUUCUUAAGGCGUAACUAAUCAAAAAGCAAAAACUCUCAAAUGUGAGUCGUGGGUUUUUUCCAAAGUGAUCAUCUCGUGAGGUUGUUGUUUUGACACUGUUAGGGUUAUGGAUAAGUGUAUUUCACUAUAUAGAGUUAUGGCCUUUUUUGAUUCCCAAUAAUUUGGGAAACUUAAGGGGCUGUUCGUAAUUGCAUGUGUUGUGAGGGUUUUAUGUAUUUGCAUGCAUUUGCAUUUGUUUCUCUGUCUUUGUCUUCUUUUUCUUUUUCUUUUUUUUUUCUCCUCUAGUUUUUUCAGUCAUCAAAAUGGAUGGGUGUGGAAAGUGAAAGAGGGUUAUUUGUUUACUACUACUACUACUUGUAAGAAACAUUCAUACAAAAGAAAUAACAACCAAGUUUGUUUCUAU